GGGACUACACUAACCUACCAGAAAAAAAAAAAAAAAGGAAAAGUAAGCCAGAGGACAAAACUCAUGGUGGCGGUGCACGGUCAAAAGGAGCGGGACUCUUCUUUUUCUAUUACUCGGACUAUUUAGUUUUUGUGCUUACAGUCUGCAAAUAAUAAACCCCCGAUCGGGUCUCUAUCGGAGUUUGGGGAGCUUUUCUAAGUUGGACUGGAAGUUGGAUUGAAGCAAUCGGGACUGAGAUUUGAACGCUAUGCUUCGCUCGGCUUGCUACCAACGCUGGAGUUAUUUUUCUAUGGAAAAAGUUUGGGGCUCAACUUUAGUGUGCGGGGGACAGUAAACUACAUGCGCAUUAAGUUCAUUGUUGAAGCGACGUUGACUUUGCAACUUGCGGGCUUGCUAUUGCCAUGUUUCUAGUGAUCCGGGCGCACUGUGCCCUUUAAACGUCUUUUUUUUUUUGGUUGGACGUUUGCAAACAUGUCACUCAAGUUGGUGGGCACGCAGAGAAUGUAGCGUUAAAUGUUGCAUCAAUGCGUAACAAUCAUGAAAGUGAGUGGGAAUUGACUUUUUUUUAAUGACCAAACUGAAUCACAUUCGAUUCAAAGCGCGCCUCGGACAUCGAGGAAAAAGUUCAACCUCUGUCCUCAAUGACUUUUUCCUGUUUUAUCACCUACCUUUUGCCUAUCGUGCACAAUUCAUAGGAAACUUUGAAUAUGCUCUAAAGUGCAUCCAAUUUUUACAAGGCUGCACUAAUAUUCCAGUUUGCGGGUUCUGGAGAACUCAGCCGCGGGGCUCUUAGUAACUGGAUACAAAAUGGCGGCGUCCUCGGGACGUUUUGGAUAUCCCUCUCUUUGUGUUUUUUAUUUAUUUUUAUCACUCGAACUGUGGAUCAGUCAUGGAUUGACAUCAGAGUUGCAGUGUGCACAGAACUGUACCUGCAAUGGAGAUUCAGUGGACUGCAGUCAUUUGGAGCUGGCAGCUCCGCCUGUUGAUGUGCCUGUCAAGACGAUUUCAUUAAAUCUUGGCCACAGCAAGCUGACUGACAUCAGCACCGAAGUGUUUUCCAACCUAUCAAAUUUACGAGAGUUGCGGCUGGACCACAACGAGCUGACCUCCAUACCGGAUUUAGGAUCGGCGGCUUCAACGAUUGUCGCACUCUACCUACAUCAUAACAAAAUCCGCAGUAUUGACGGCGCACGAAUCCGAAACUUGGUUUCCUUGGAAACCUUGGACCUGAGCAAUAAUGACAUCACUGAGCUACGAGGGCACUCCUUCCCCGCAGGCCUCCGGAUUAGAGAUUUGUACCUCAGCAGCAACAAGAUCAGCACAUUAGAGCCAGGAGCGCUGGACCGUCUCGGCUCCACUCUCCAGGUCCUGAGAUUGAGCCGAAACCGUGUCAGUCAGAUUCCCGUCAGGGCAUUCCAGCUCCCGAGGCUCACCCAUCUCGAACUGAACAGGAACCGCAUCCGUCAGGUGGAAGGUUUGACUUUCCAGGGUCUUUCCAGCUUGGAGGUGCUGAAGCUCCAAAGAAACAGCAUCAGCAAGCUGACUGACGGUGCUUUCUGGGAUCUUGCCAAGAUGAAAGUCCUACACUUGGAGUACAACAGCCUGAGCGAGGUGAACAGUGGCUCCUUGUAUGGUCUGACGUCCCUUCAGCAGCUCUUCCUCAGUAACAACUCAAUAACCCGCAUCAAUCCUGACGGUUGGAAGUUCUGCCAGAAACUGAGGGAAUUGAAUCUGUCGUAUAACAACCUGACGCGUCUGGAUGAAGGCAGUCUGGCUGUGCUGGGGGAUCUCCACACCCUCCGUCUGGGACACAACGCAAUAAGCCACAUCGCCGAGGGAGCCUUCAGAGGCCUCCGGGCUGUGCGCAUCCUGGAGCUGGACCAUAAUGACAUCUCAGGCACAAUAGAAGAUACCAACGGGGCCUUCUCGGGUUUGGACAGCCUCAGCAAGCUAACGCUUUUUGGAAACAAGAUCAAGUCCGUGGCAAAGAAAGCCUUCGCUGGACUCGAGACCCUGGAACACCUGAACUUGGGCGACAAUGCGAUCCGCUCCAUCCAGCCCGAUGCCUUAAGCAAGAUGAAGAACCUCCAAACUCUUCUCAUCCAGAGCGACAGCUUCUUGUGCGACUGCCAGCUCCGCUGGCUGCCUGAGUGGUUGGUGGCCCGCGGAAUACAGAGCGGCGUUAACGCCACGUGUGCCCACCCUGAGGCUCUCAAGGGUACCAGUGUAUAUCAGGCUCCAUCCAGCAGUUUUUUGUGCGAUGACGUUCCCAAACCCCAGAUCAGCGUCCACCCAGAAACCACAGUGGCGGUCCUCGGCAGCAACGUGCGCCUCACCUGCACGGCCGCCAGCAGCAGCUCGUCACCCGUGACCUUCACGUGGCGCAAGGACCAGGAGCUGCUUCGACACGCCGAGACGGAGAACUACGCCCACGUGCGCCCUCGCCCUCAAGACGGGACGGGCGGAGGCAGCGGCGUGAAGGAGUACACCACUAUCCUACACCUGCGCCACGUGACCUUUGCGCACGAGGGCCGCUACCAGUGCAUCAUCGCCAACCACUUUGGCUCCACGUACUCAAGCAAGGCCCGUCUCGUCGUCAACGUGCUGCCAUCUUUUGUGAAGACACCCAGGGACAGCACCAUCAGAACGGGCCACACGGCUAGGCUGGAGUGCGCCGCCGAGGGCCACCCGGCGCCGCAGAUCGCCUGGCAGAAGGACGGCGGCACGGAUUUCCCCGCCGCCCGGGAGCGGCGGAUGCACGUCAUGCCCGACGACGACGUGUUCUUCAUCAUGGACGUCAAGCCCGAAGACAUGGGCGUGUACAGCUGCACGGCCAAAAACACGGCGGGAACUGUGUCUGCCAACGCCACGCUCACCGUGCUAGAAACCCCCCACUUGGCGCAGGACCUGGAAGAUCGCAACGUGGUCGUAGGCGACACGGUGGCGCUGCAGUGCAAGGCGCUGGGCAGCCCUCCGCCCCGCAUCACGUGGCUGCACGACGACCGGCCUCUACGCCCCUCCGACCGCCAUCACUUCACCCCCGGCAAUCAGCUGCUGGUCAUCGGCGCGGCGACCCCGGAGGACGCCGGCCGCUACACCUGCCUCAUGUCCAACACGCUGGGCACGGAGCGCGCUCACAGCCAGCUGCUGGUCACUCAGCGCCGCGGGCCCUGCGCCGCCGCGCCCGGCCUAAGCACGGUCACCAUAGGCAUCAUGGUCAUCGCCGUGGUGACGAGUAUCGUGGUCACCUCCCUGGUGUGGGUGUGCAUCAUCUACCAGACGAGGAAGAAGAGCGAGGAUUGCAGUGUCACCAACACGGAUGAGACUAUCGUUCCUCCCGACGUGCCGAGCUACCUGUCCUCUCAGGGAACGUUGUCGGAGCGCCAGGAUGUUUGCAUCCGCGUUGAGGCCGCCAGCGGACCUCAGCCCAACGGACACCUCGUCGACUCGACAGGUUUCGAUGGUCCGGUCCUGUGCACGGAUUGCAUGGAGAGCAGCGAGCUCUACUCCAAAGACCCGGACUACCAAGUGCACGGCUUUGCCCCGGGUGGGCUCGGCGAGUAUCACCAGCAAGCCGCCCCUCCGCCCUAUUCGCAAUGUUCCUCGGCGGAUCGCGCGGCGCCCCUCUGCAACGGGAUUCGAAAGGACGCUCGAGGAUUUCCAAACAAGGUGCUGCAAGUGAAUCCGCACGACAGAGAAGCGAGCAGAGCGGAAGGAACACCGGCCGCGUACACGUCGCAGGAAGAUACUUUUCACCCUCCGGUGAAACUGGUGAGCCGAGGACAUGUUGGCAAUGACUGUGAGCCUGAGCUCAGACAGACUCUGCUGUCCAACGGGCACGCCGUAAGAGCCUCGCCCCCCCUGAGGAGAAGCAUCGAUUAGCGGUGGAUUCACUCUAGCUGCAUGGACCUGUUUUUUGUUUUCUUUCUUUGCACUGGGAAAUGAACUGCUACCUCAUAUCGAGGCCAAGCGCUCCCGAGCCGCGUGGAUCUUGGAGCGCCGAGGGGGGGGGGGGAAUCCGGAGUUUGAAGGCGGAGCUUGUGUGGGUGGCGUCCCAUCUGAGCGUAUGUGCUGUACAUAGUUUAAAAACCUUCUGUUGGGAGGUGACCACUAAGAAUUUUAGCUCCAAAAAAUGUGACUUGCUUUUGAAGCAAACGGUGCAGUGAAAAUUGAUUUGCCCUCUUCUCGAAAUCGUUUCGCCAUAUUAUUUUUUGUUGGAUGAUCUUAAACAUUAAAGCGGGGAAACAAUGCAAAGUAAGAAUUUCAGCGGAGGCCUCGCCAAAACAUUUUCACGGCACCGUAAAUGUCGGCAACCGUGUACAGUACGUAAACGUGCAGGGACAUUAGACUGUACAUAAGAGUUUUCUUAUAUAUCUUUUACAAAAGAGUAUUUGGAUUUAUGUGCAUGACAAAGGAGUGAUAGUAUUUUUAUUCAAAAGACAAACAAAACAAAAAAAGCCCUUUUUAAGCUUUUACCAACAGCCAGCUGUGGUGCCUUAUUGCAUGCUCAAAGUGUCGUAAUAGCAAACUGUAUGUGAACUUUUACCGAGAGACACUGGUACACGAUUGCAAGCGAAACACUUGAUUGCACUUGAAUGUUUGCUUUUCUCUCGAGCGAGCCCACCGGUCACAGCCAAAUGCUUAUUACUACUUUCAUCAUUCGUGGAUGUUGUAUGAAGGACAAGCUUUUGGUGUCAAUGAUGUCAGCGGUGGACGGGGUUACCAUGCCAACAAAAGCACUUGUUUGCUCCCUUGGUAGAGGCGGCGGCAAUGCAGGUUUUUAUUUUUUUUUCCUCAAACAAAGAAGCUUUGCGUCUUGACUUGAGGUCAUCGGCGGCUCCAAUGGCUGAAGUUAUAAAGAUUGUCAUUCAAACUGACGUUCAGCUGUGUAGGCUAUUAAUAAUAAUGAUUAAAAAAAAAAAAAGGUCGCCGCUGUUGUAUUGUUACUGCUGUAAAGUGAAUCCGAAAGUGACGGCCCCGUUCUCAGCAUCACUGCAGCUUUAAGGCAAAUGCAAGUUGCGCCCUUUAUCUGAACUGCGACCCUGUCGGGGUCAAUGAAAAGGGACAAACAACCUGAGGGAGUUCAACUUUUAAUUUAUUAAAACACAUUGAAUGUCUGCGUUUAAAAAAAAAAAAAGCUAGUGACUGCCAUGGUAUUGAGGUGUCUAAUAAAAUCCCAUUUGGCUUUA